ACACACUCGAGCUUGUGAUCAUGCAGUUUGCCAAUUACUCACAGGGCGGCUCCAAGAUCUGCUUCGCUUGCGUUGUUGCCGUUUUUUAUGCGAUUUUCCGAGUGACGGGGUUUAAAUGCGAACACUGGUUACAUUAUCAACAGAUCAUUACUUUACCGAUUGAUGAGAGGUGCGCACUUAGUCAAGUCGGAUUAGGAAGUGACGGACGAAUAUGCUGUGCUCAUACUUGAAGCAGUUGACCACAAGAAAGAUAACCAUGAGACACUUCUUAUUAGCUGUGAUACUGUCUGCAUUGUUGAUCAGCGAAGUGACGGAAACCUUCGCUGGGGCAGACGACAGAUUCAGAGGUCUUAGCAGCUUUUAUCCAGUCCAGUCCAACCGAGGAUACUAUAACCGUUAUUCUAAAUACAAAUAUCGAUACAACCGACCAAAAACCCGUUGCCGAGGUGCCAAUGAAGUUUGCGCCUUGAACAGCAACACACCCAGUUCAAGGUGCUGCGACGGCUUCAAUUGUAGGUGUUUCUUCUGGUUCAGCAACUACUGCCGGUGUUCCGUCAAACUGUUCGUCAAAUAGACAGAUCUUGCUCCGGCGGUUGUCAGGAAGACGCAGGCCUCAGGAACCCCACGUUACUUCCGUCUGUUGCCAACUUACUAGAAGCAGUUUCCGUUUCUUUACUUGAUAUCACCUCUUACUAUGAGAUACGGCACGCUGUGCAUACAUUGGAAACUGGACGCGUGCAAGGCAAAGGAUGCAGGAAAUAGACUUUUGAUGAUUAUCACGGAUAGUCUAGAAAAUAUGUAAUUGGGCAUGUUUCAGCAGUUUCUGAGAUAUUUAUCUGGAACAUCGAUAUUUUGACUUCACCGAACAAUAUUCGACAACAUUCCAUUAGAUUUAAUAGGAUACAUCCUUGUUGGAGAUAUCGUUUGAUAUGUUUAUUCCUGGAGUGAGAAUUUAAUACAGGGUUUUAUGACAUAGUUCAAAGUACUCACAUAGACGCAUAAGUAGGCACAUGCUUAAUUCAGCAUAGAGUGCGAGCCAUGCAUAAUGAAUGUUAAUUGGGCAUGGGGCCGUCAAGUACCACUUAUUUCGGAUUCGAAGUGUUUGCGUGUCAUCUUUAUUCCUAUUUUUUAGAUUUGUCUAAACAUUAGUGUGGUUUCUGGAGGAAGCAACAGAAAAAACGAAGCCUUGAACAACUGGUGAAUUCUGAAUCUAAAAUAUCAAUCAGCAAACUGUUGUGGAUUUGUUUUAAAUAGCAAAAAAAAAAAA